GAGACAGGAUGGAAGGGGUGCAUUAAUUAUAUAGCAUAUAUAUGUAUAAAACCAAAAAAACAAUAGCAUAAAAACAAACUAUGUGGAGAGGCCCCCUAACCAAAUUGUGGUGGACAUCAUCUCCACCCUGUCUCUCUCUCUCUCUCUUAAAUUGGCAAAAAGUUGAACUCCCAUCAGAUUCAUAAAUCAGAUAGAUUUCCAUUUUCUCAUCAAGAAACAUAAAUUAAGUGCUGCACAACACAGAUACACGUAGAGGUUUUUAGCUGCUGCCGAGUUUAAUUAUAUCGCAAGCAAUCCAUACUUAGCAUUUCCAACUCCGACAUAUACGUAUAUAUAUAAAUCUGUACAAGAAUCUAGAGAGAGAGAGAAAGAGAGAGGUUUCUGGCGAUCGGAUUGGGAUUAAUGCUAGCUGUGUCGCCACUGAGAAACCCUAAGAAUGAGAGAGAAGGCGAGAUGGAAGGCUUCUCGAUCGACGAGAGCGAGUUCGUCGAUUUCGCGGGCGGGAAUCUGCUCGACAGCAUUGAUUUCGACGAUCUCUUCCUCGGCAUCAGCGACGGCGACGUGCUGCCGGAUCUGGAGAUGGACCCUGAGCUCCUGGCCGAGUUUUCGGUUAGCGCGAGUGAGGAAUCGGAGGUGAAAACGACGCCGCUCGACAAAUCGGACGACGAGAACACCUCCGAGAAACAGCAGCAGCAGCAUGUUAUUCCGGCGGAGGAAGCUGCUGCGUGCGGAAAAGAUGAGAUGAAUCCGUCGCCCAAGGAGGCUGACAGAGGGAGAAAAUCAAUCUCUCACUCCAAAAACUCCUCGGGGAAGAGGAAAGUUAAGGUGGAUUGGACGCCGGAACUUCACCGGCGGUUUGUGCAAGCGGUGGAGCAGCUCGGCGUCGACAAGGCGGUUCCUUCCAGAAUUCUGGAGCUCAUGGGAAUCGAUUGUCUCACUCGACACAACAUUGCUAGCCAUCUUCAAAAAUACCGCUCCCACCGGAAGCACUUGUUAGCCCGGGAGGCGGAGGCGGCGAGCUGGAGCCAGAGGCGGCAGGUGUACGGCGGCCCCGCCGCCGCGGCGGGCGGCAAGAGAGAGCAUGUAAACCCUUGGAUUGCACCAACCAUGGGGUUUCCGCCGGUGACUCCAAUGCCCCAUUUUAGACCCCUACACGUGUGGGGUCACCCAUCCGUCGACCAAUCAGUGAUGCCCAUGUGGCCAAAACAUCUAACCCCUUCGCCGCCUCCUCCUCCUCCGCCGCACGCUUGGCAUCCGUCUCAGCCGCCGCCCGCUGACCAUUCGUUUUGGCUACCCCACCACCACCAUGUGCCUACUCAGGGUACGCCUUGCUUCCCGCCGCAGCAUCUGCCGCCGACGAGGUUCCCAACUCCGGCAGUUGCAGGCAUACCACCGCCUCCCGUCAUGUACAAAGUAGAGCAGGCCGGCGUCGGCGUCCCGACAGCUCCGCCGCCGGGCCAAACACUGCCGCAACCCCCUUCCGACGUUCAUCCGUCGAAGGAGAGCGUAGACGCGGCGAUCGGAGAUGUGCUAUCGAAGCCGUGGCUGCCGCUGCCGCUGGGGCUGAAGCCGCCGUCAAUGGACAGCGUGGUGGUGGAGCUGCAGCGUCAAGGGGUACCCAAAGUGCCGCCCACUUGCGCUUAAUUAACUAAUUCAGCUCCGCCGCUAGCUGCAACAACAAAUCCAACUCGACGACAUUUCCAGCACUUAAUGUGCUCUCUCUCUCUCUCUCUCUCUCUCUCUCUUGUGAAUUAGUUCUUACUUCUUCUUCGUGUCAAGAUGAGGAUGGUGAAGCUUUGGACUUAAUUUUUUGUAAUGGUAAUUAUCUUAUGAUGAUCAUAAAUAUAUAGAGUAUUCCGCGGCUGGAACACUUUCAAA